AUGUUUGAAACAAUAAAAUCCUGUUUGUUAACAAUUAUUAAUAAUGAUGAUAAAAAUUUUGAUAUUUAUCGAAUCUAUUUUAAACAUCUAUAUGCCAUUACUAAUGAUCAUGAUCAACGAUAUCGUCGACGUUAUCAAAUGAUGAUAAUUUUGAUGAUAAUAUUAGAUUUACGUUUCAUCUAUCUAAUGGCCAAUAGUAAUAAAGAUAUUGAUUGGCAUCUAAUCCAUUUAAAUAUUGUCAUCGUUGAACAUGUUGAUCAAACAGUGAACAUUUGGUUGGCAACAUUUUUCGCCAUGAUCAUAUAUUUCAUUAAGAUACUUUAUUUUCGUAACAAUACGAUGGCAACAAAUUUAAUACAAUCAAUUCUUGUGCAUGGGAAAUCAAAAUUUUUUCAUAAUAAUAAUAUCGAUUGGAAUGAUGAUGACGAUGAUGAUGAUGAUCAAUCAAAAAUUCCUGAAUAUUAUGUAUAUCAUGUAUAUCUAUUUGUUUAUGAAAUAAAAUCAUUAUAUUAUCUAAUAUUUCGAUUCAAUUGUUUCACUUCAAUAGAUGGUUUUUUAUCGAUACUAUUUCAAUGUUUUCUAUUCAUUUAUAUGAUAAUGGGUAAUAAAAAUAUUGAUACCUGUCUAUUGGUUGGUACAUUUCAAGUGGUAAUCACAAUUGCAUUGUUCACGAAAUUAAAACAAAUUAUACGAUUAUCAUCAAAAGAAAAUUUAUCACGAAAAUUAUUCAAAAUAAGACAAAUGAAUAUUGAAAUAUUACAGAUGACCAAUAGUACUGAUCAUACUUAUGGUGUUAUGAUGUUUCUGUUUUUAUUGGUAAAUUAUCCAACAAAUGCCUAUCUGGUUAUGAUAUUGAUUAAAAAACAAAUGUCAAUAUUGAAUAAUAUUAUAUUCAUAACAAUAAUAUCAUAUCAAUUAUCAUUUAUAUUUAUAUUUCAUUUGAUCACUACACAAUAUGUUCAUCAACUUCAUCGGCCAGCUAAAUAUGUCAUUAGAAAUUAUCUAAAUCCAUCAUUAUUAUUGAUUAGCCUAAAUAAUCGUAUGAAAGUAUCGUUUUGGAUUGAAAAUUUUCAUACAAAAAAAAUGUAUGGCAUUACGUAUGGCGGUAUCGAAGUGAUUACAUUGAAAACAUUUUUCAAGUUUCUCAUGUUUUAUGCGAAAUUCAUGAUGAUAUCAUACAAAUUAAUUGCUUUACGUCAAUGAACAAAAAUUUUUUUCCAGAAUCAC